AUGCGCUACUCCAUUGUCUUCUCUGUCCUUCUCGCUGGUGCCACCGCCGCGCCUGCUCUGGCCCUCCCCGUCGGACUUUGGUCCCGUGCGGCAGAGGGAGCCCAUUCAGCGCAUUUGCCCAUGAGCAUUAGUGAGCCGAGGCAUCCAUUAAGCCCAUGCCAUCGAGCAGCCGACGCCGGCCGAUGCGUCCUCUUCCGCCUAUGGGGUUUGGGCAGCCGGCGGUCUUCUGCGUCCAUAGUCAUUGGGACGGCCGACGGCAUAGUGCAACCGACCUCGGAUGCAUCUAUGGCCAUCGGUUGGCCGGCGUCGGAUGGGUGCACCUUGCGGCCUUUCCUGUUAAGACGUUCGAAGACCGGCGACCCGACGUCGGGUGCCCCUAACACCAUAGGAAUGGCCGAUGUCGGUGGGCCCCAUACUCAUCGGGCAGUCGAGGUCGGCCGGCCUCCCGCUCCGCCUCUUCAACCUCAGGGCGAAUUCAUUCGGUACCCAACAUCGGAUAUCUCCAUGAGCAUCGGGUGGCCGCGGUCGGGCUGCACGAUAUGCAUCGGACACGCCGAUGUCGGGCAGCCACACCAUCCGCCUUUCCAAUGUCGGCUGUCCCCUCCUGCGUCGGAUGGGUCGGCUGGCAGGGGGUCCCUCGGUUGGGUAAUGUCGGCGGUCUGCAUGACCAUAGGCCAGCCGAGACCGCAGGCCCCUGGGCUCACGCAGGGGCGCUCCGCUGCUCCCGCGAGCCUCCGUCCGUACCUGCUGACUCCGAAGCGCCCGCCCGACGCGUACUCCCUCCCGUCUGCCUUUCGAUUUAGCGUUCUCAUUGGCCAGCUCCUUGCGCAACACGCCGUCCGCGGCAACGCUGGUUCAGCAAUUGCUGCGGAGCCUGGUUUGCCGGCGCGCGACGCGCCUGAGCAAGCGAGCCCGAUGGGCCUCGCAGGCGGCGCUCCUCGCGAGAUCUGGGAUGCGUCGCCUCCUCCGGUUCCCCCGCCCCUGUACGGGGCACAAGACUUCCACCAGCAGUGGACCUGGCCGGCAUACCUGCGUCCGGACUACAACCGACCCUGGACCCGUGCCACGGUGUCGUUACGUGACCUCCUCCGCACCAUGAUAGAGCUGGUCCGCGACAUGCAGCCGCACUACCACGGCGACUCGCGCGGGGUGCCCGACCCGACGAACUCAAUACGAAGGCAUGCAACAGAUGCAAUCCGCGUGGGCCCCAUGGUCCACGUGUACAAAAUUCUCUGGCGGGAGAGGGGCCCUCCGCUCGUGUGGUCGAUGGUCGUCGUGGCGGCGCACCCGGAGCAGGAGGUG